CUCUCAACUAUGUAUAAACACGGCGAUAGUGUACAUGCACCGGUUCUACGCGUUCCACUCGUUCACUCAUUUCCACAGGAACGCUGUGGCCGCCGCGGCGCUGUUCCUCGCCGCAAAGGUGGAGGAACAGCCUCGCAAAUUAGAAUAUGUAAUAAAAGUUGCGCACGUGUGCCUCCACAGAGGUGAGGGCGCCAGUGCCCUCACAGCCGAACAGUACCAAGAACAGGCGCAGGACCUGGUAUUCAACGAGAAUGUACUGCUACAAACAUUAGGGUUCGAUGUAGCGAUCGACCACCCUCACACGCACGUUGUACGCACGUGUCACCUUGUUAAAGCACCCAAGGACCUAGCACAGACGUCGUAUUUCAUGGCGUCGAACAGUCUCCAUUUGACGACAAUGUGCCUACAGUACAGGCCGACGGUUGUCGCGUGUUUCUGCAUACAUUUGGCGUCGAAAUGGAGCAAUUGGGCGAUACCGCAGUCGAACGAGGGCCGCCACUGGUUCUACUACGUGGACCGGACGGUGACCAUGGAUCUGUUGGAGAAGUUGACCGGCGAGUUCCUGCUCAUCUUCGAGAAGUGCCCCUCCAGGCUGAAGAGGAAAAUGAUGAACGUCAAGGCUGCAGACGGCAGCUCCCCGGCGUCCGUGCCGCAUCCGUCCGGCUCCAACGCAGUAGCCAGCUCGCCGUUCGACAAGAAACACGCUCCGAACACUUCGGACGAGAUCGACAAGUCCUUUGAUAAAGAAUACGAGCGCGAAAGGCGACGUCAGCCAGCACCGGGCGGCUACGUGCCCGCCACCACUAGCGCGCCACCCAACCAACCACAACCACAGAAGAUCGAUUUUAACCUAUACAGGGAGAAAAGAGAUAGGGAAGAGCGCGAGAGGCGGGAGGAGCGAGCGAGACGGGAACAGAUGCAGCAACAGAGGCCGGGCGUGCCGCAGCAGAGGCCGAGUCAACCGCCACCGCACCACCAGCGGCCGAAUCAACACCAUCACAAAUCUCAUCAUCCGUGGCCUCCCCACAAGUCUCACCAUCAGAAGCCACCGCAUGACCAUCGCCACCACCGGCCUAUGCCCGGGCCCUCCACCUCCUCCACAUCCUCCACAUCCGUCCCGCAUCAGGAGAUUCCUCAGAGGACGCGGCCGCCGUCACUGUUCUCUCCUGAGAAUGCGACGACACCGUCCGCGGCGGCUGCGGCCGCUCCCAGGCGACCGCAACCUCCACCGCAACCACAGCCUCAGUCACUACCACAGCAACCGCCUCCCCAAGCGCAACCGCAACCACAGCCUCAACCUCAGCCGCAACACUCGCGACCGAAACCGGAGGCGCGACCAAACCCACCUCCCAUCAAAGCACGCAGACAGCAGAGGCCGCCGAGUCCGAGAAAGAGACCGGACCCGACGACUGCCAUCCGCGAGAUGCAACCUCCUGCCAUUCUGUCACCCUUCUCCUCUCCCCCGGCCGUGGAGCAGCCCAAGCAGAGGGUUAGGCAGCAGUCUAAUUCGGAACCUGAGCUGAUUCCGGUCGUUAAGAAGCUGGAUGAGACGCCUGGCUAUGAGAAUGUAAUUAAAGACUCACAAAGGGGCGUCAAAACUAAAGUUCCUGAACGGAAACCCGAGCAAGUGGCCAGAGCCUUGAAUGGCAUCGAGACCGACCCGACGUUGGUGUCAAAUCUGUUGAAGGAAAGUUUGGCUAAACCUGCGCCGAUUACGGUUCCAACGGAGAGAAAGUCACCUGUAGAAAUAAAGAAGGAGGUCAUAGAGCCGCCCGCUCCGCCCGCCCCCGUCGCGCCGCCUCCCGAACUUCCACAGCCAGUGGAUAUUCAAGGCGAUCACAAACAUAAGAAGGACAAAAAGAAAAAGGAGAAACACAAACAUAAGGACCGCGACAAGUCGAAGGAGGACAGAAAGAAACACAAGAAGGACAAGGACAAGGAGAAGAAAAAGGAGAGCCCGCCGACGGAGACCCAGGACGGCACGUUGCGCAUAACGAUCCCGCGGGAGAAGCUGUCGGCGACCAGUCCCGGGCUCAAGAUCAAGAUACCAAAGGAGCGGCUGGCCGCGCCGCCGCAGACCUCCGGGCUCAAGAUCAAGAUCCCCAAGGAGGUCUUGGAGACGUCGCGGAAGCGCGCCGCCGCGCCGGAGCCCGGCCCCGCGCACAAGCUGGCGCGCCACAACGGAGCUCCGCACAAGGUAGGCUGGCCCAUCCCGCCCCCCUACAGGCACCCGCCGCCGUACUACGUGCUGCAGCCGCCGCCGGUGUUCCUGCCGCCCAUGCUGGAGCAGUUCUACUACGGCGGCGACGGCUACAUGUACGCGCCGCACGUGCCGCCGCACGUGGCGCACGCGCCGCCGCGCCGCCGCCCGCCGCCGCCGCGCCCGCCGCCGCCGCCGCUGCCCGCCAUGCCGCCGCCGCCCGUGCCGCCGCCGCCGCCCGAGUGACGCUGCGCCGCCCGCGCCCCCGCGCACCCGCGCCCAGGUCACAAAACACACGGCUAGUGGUAUACGGUAAAUCAUGUGCCAAUCGAUGUAUAUGCGAGUAUGUUAUCACUUCAAAUACAAUAGUUUAAUGUUAAAAUAUGGUUGAUAAUGACUUUGUAUCACAUGGUUUGCCGGCGACACACAGCCGAUAUAUUCAUUUACGUGAUAUCCAACGAAAGGUUAGUUGUAAAUAUAUAGACUCAUAUUAUAUUGUAGUCAUGCCUCGUUAAGCUAGUAUUACUCUGGCAGCAUAAAAAUAGUUCAAAAAUUCUUUAACUUAGCGUUACAUAUCUUUUAUCAUGAGACUGAAUUCAGUUAACAGUAAUUAAGCAAGUUUGAAUGUGUACCUUCAUUUUUGUGUUCAAUCUUUAGUCCCUUCGGGGUAUCCCCGCUAUUUUGUAUCAAGUCAUAAAAAAUAAUAUAAAAAUAUUUAUCACUUCUCAUUAUAUUAUGUCACGGAUUGGACGUGCCGUUAGAGUUUAUAAGGAAAAAGAUCAUUUUGUAAACGUAUAUGAUUUUCGUCAAAAUAAUGCGAAAAGUUUAUUUUUUUAAACAUAUUUAUUGAUUGUACAAAUUAAUCUGUUGUGUUUAAACAGAGCUCUGUCAAAAUGUUAGCUUUGCUAUCAAUAUUUACAUAAAAAUAUAUUUACAUAAAAUAUAGUAGUUUUGAGAUAUAUUUAUGAAAUUCUCAUGUAUACAGGAUGUUCCGAAGAUUGUGUACAUUUAAAAAGUAUUCCCUUUUCUAAUACUCAAGACAUUAUUCUCUUUAAAAUAUAUUGGCUCUACAAAAAAUAUUUCAUCUUUAAAUAUCGAUAUCGAUUUAAUAUAUUACGCUUUUUGUAUAAACUGUAUGUUAACGUUUAUUGUUUAUGGUCAUUUUUGUCAAUGUCUAUGGGGACUUUUUAGUAAAUAUACGACAGAAAUAUAAAUAGGAAUCCAUUUUUGAGCAUGAAACUGUCUUAUCUCAACUACGCAAGGCUUAAAAUUGAUCAAC